AUGGCCGCCCCAAACCCCAAUCACCAACCAAACCAGUUUACGACGGACGAGUAUGUCCUCGCAUACCACGGCCCCCUUCUCUACGAAGCCCGCAUUCUCCUCGCUGAGAGCUGGAACGAGUCCAACACGCUUCUCGGAUCGGUGGGACCCCACUACUUCAUCCACUACAAGGGAUGGAAACAGACAUGGGACGAAUGGGUCCCGGAGAUGCGCCUUCUGAAGCUGAACGAGGCUGGAUUCGCCAAGCGCCGCGCGCUGCUUGAGGCCCAGACGAAGAAGAACCGUCCUGCGCCUCCGCCAUCCUCCGAAAGCCCAGCACCUGCAUCAGUCAAGGGCAAGGAGCCCAAGGCCCCUACGGGCAAGAAGGGAGAGAGCAGCAGGAAGCGUGGACGAGACACGGGGCUGGACACUGAGGCCGAGUACCUGAAGCGUCCUGAAGUCAAGAUUGUGAUUCCCGAUGUGCUCAAGCUGCAGUUGGUGGACGACUGGGAGAACGUUACCAAGAACAACCAGCUUGUCACCUUGCCACGCAAGCCCAACGUUCGCGAGCUGCUGGAGGAGUACAGGGAAUAUGUCAACUCGACCAAGAAGGAGCGCUCGACACGCUCCACUGCUCUUCUUUCCGAGAUAAUCGCAGGUAUUACUCUGUACUUUGACAAGGCACUCGGCAACAACCUCUUGUACCGCUUCGAGCGCGCACAAUAUGUCGAGCAGAAGCGUGCGGCGGGCGACAAGCCGAUGAGCGAGGUGUACGGUGCCGAGCACCUCCUCCGUCUGUUUGUCAACUUUGGCCCUUUCAUUGCCUACACCAACAUUGACACCGAGUCGCUCAACAUUCUCCGCGAGUACAUCAACGACAUCAUGAAGUGGAUGAUCAAGGAGCAGAAGCGUCUCUUUGUCAAGGAAUACGAGACGACGACGACGCAGUACCAGAACCUUUCGAGGACAUAG